UUUAACUCGUAAUACGGGUGGAGAAAAGAACCGCCGUUCUGAACUAGUGCUUCGGUUUUCACGCUCACGCUUCUAGCUAAUAUAUCCAAAAUGUCUGGAAGAGACGGAGGUAAGAAGAAACCCCUCAAGGCUCCUAAGAAACAAGCCAAGGAGCUGGACGAGGAUGACAUUGCCUACAAGCAGAAGCAGAAGGAGGAGCAGAAAGCCUUGGAAGCGAUGAAAGCCAAAGCAGCAGGAAAAGGACCCUUAGGUGGUGGUGGAUUGAAGAAGUCUGGGAAGAAAUGAACUGAAAUGUGUUAAGUUUCCUGCAUUUGGGAACUGUUCUGUCAAAACGCUGUUCGAUUCUGCUCUGGGGCCACAAAUGCAAAUGUACACAAACUAGCUUUUUUUUUUUUUUUUAAUACCCUCCUGAGAGGAUAAGAGGAAAAACACGUAAAUAAAGUUUUGUACGCAUUUUGUCUGGAUUCACACUCUGUUUAUUGCAUAAAUAGAGAUGCAAAACAAACAUGUAAGCUCUCAGAUUUUAAAAAGUACUUUUUAAUUUCAAGCAUUUCAGCCAUGCGUUUAUCAUCAGAAAACUGGUUCCUUUUUCCAGGUCCUCAGCCAGUGUUUUCUUUCUCCUGCCGUCAUCUAUUUCCUCCAUGUGGCAGAGCCUAAAGCAAGAGUAUUUUUUUUUUUUUUAUUAUAUAUAAAGAAGUUUGAAGUGACUCAUGUAUUAGAUUACAGUUGGUGAUGGGGAUGUACAAAAUAAAGAAUUAUGCUGCUUA